CUCUCGGUGUGGCUGGCAGCUCCGGAAGACAACUAGAGUACCGAGUGAUUAUAUGAACCUCCAACUGUAACAAACCGAGCAGUCUGUCUUUGAAAAGAUUCCACAGUCCUUUGUGGACUUGCUACAGUUGCUCUCGCCUGUUUUAGACAUACUCAAAGUCGCGGCGCUCACAUUUUUCGCUAGAAUAAACAUCGGAUAACGUUAAAAUAAAGCGAGAUAACGGACACGGUUUUGGGUGAAAUGUAUGGUUAGUAUGCCUGUGUUUUUAAGGAGGGUGUCCAACACAGAGCUGUAGUUUCUCCUCAAGAGGCGAGGAAUGCAAUCUGAGCAUCAAUGUUUCACUGGGGCAAGUGGAAGAAGAGGAUGGGAGCCAAUAGUUCUUCAAAGAGACCAGUUUUCGACGAAAAGGAAGAUGUGAACUUUGACCACUUCCAGAUACUGCGGGCCAUUGGGAAAGGAAGCUUUGGAAAGGUAUGCAUUGUGCAAAAGAGGGACACGGAGAAGAUGUACGCCAUGAAGUACAUGAACAAACAGCAGUGCAUCGAGAGAGAUGAGGUCCGAAACGUCUUUAGAGAGCUUGAGAUCCUACAGGAAAUUGAACAUGUUUUUUUAGUAAAUCUCUGGUACUCGUUCCAGGAUGAGGAGGACAUGUUUAUGGUGGUGGACCUCCUGCUGGGAGGAGACCUGCGCUACCACCUGCAGCAGAGCGUCCAGUUCAGCGAGGACGCCGUCAAACUCUACCUCUGUGAGAUGACCCUGGCGCUCGACUACCUGCAGAACCAGCACAUCAUCCAUAGAGAUGUCAAGCCAGACAAUAUCCUGUUGGAUGAGCAAGGUCACGCUCACCUGACCGACUUCAACAUAGCAACGAUCAUAAAAGACGGAGAGAGAGCCACAGCCUUAGCUGGAACCAAGCCCUACAUGGCCCCAGAGAUCUUCCAGUCUUUUGUAAGUGGAGGGACGGGCUACGCCUUUGAAGUAGACUGGUGGUCACUAGGGGUGACCAUUUUUGAAGUGCUGCGUGGAUGGAGGCCCUAUGACAUCCAUGCCAGUAACUCUGUGGAGUCCCUGAUUCAGCUCUUCAGUACAGUCAGUGUCCAGUACAGCCCGGCCUGGCCCAAGGACCUGGUUUCCCUUUUGAGGAAGCUCCUGACAGUGAACCCGGAGCAUCGGUUCUCCAGCCUGGCUGACAUGCAGGCAUCGUCCUACCUCGCUGACGUCAACUGGGACGCCGUGCACGAGAAGAAGAUGGACGCAGGAUUUGUUCCUAAUAAAGGUCGUCUCCACUGCGACCCGACCUUUGAGCUGGAGGAGAUGAUCCUGGAGUCACGCCCGCUUCACAAGAAGAAGAAGAGGCUGGCCAAGAACCGCUCUCGAGACAACAGCAAGGAUUCACAGUCGGAGAACGACUACCUACAGGAGUGCCUUGAAGUGGUGCAGCAAGAGUUCAUGAUCUUCAACCGUGAGAAGUUGAAACGGCGUCAGGAGGAGGGUCAGUCAGAGGCCGGAGGCGACGACGCCAGCGGAGACGGGGAUGGCGAGGCCGAAGCCGGGGCCACCGACGACGACGCCCCCGAGCCGGAGCCCGACCCCGAUCCCGAGCCGGAGCCCGAGUCCUCCUCCAAACUGAGCAUGUGCGGCUCCGUGUGCUCCUCCCCCGGCAGCUGCUAGCUAGCGCCACAUCGCCUCACAGUGACGAUCGCAAAAAGGUCUCUCUGGCCGCUGCAGUGUUUGUGCCGUGCCAAUAGAUACAUCCUCACCUCUGUCGUCUGUUGUAGCCAGGAGCGGCGGAAGAGGGACAGCAGGGGCGACCGACGCACAGCAGGACCCAAAAUGGCUCCGAAUCAUUUCCCCCCUUUUGUUUUUUCCGUAGCAUCCUCCCGGUAGGGCAUGAAUGAAGCAGAUUUCCAGAGAGUCCCCGUCUACUGUACCCAUCCGCCCUAGAGUAAGCUCUAACUUCUAUGCAAUGUUACAGUAUAGCAUGACAAAUAAGGUAUCACUUACUAGGAGGUGUUGUUCACGAGCAGAAAGCUCCAUGAGCAUGAUGACAUCCCGAGCAAUAGCAGUCCACGUUUUUUUUGCGGGUGUGGGGGAGGUGGUUGGUGUUUUUUGGUGGAGACGCCUCCCCUCUCAGCCUUUUCCUGUUCAAAAUCUGAUGGGGACAACUGAAUUAUUCAGCACACCCAGGCACUCAGUUUAUUUUAUUGCCUGUGUCUUCAGUUCAGUCCCCCUCCAAGCCUCUUUCAUGUAACGUGCGCCCUAUUUCAGAACAAUCGUUUCUCCCGGAGCGCCGUCCUCCUGUCGCGACACCUUUCUGAGACACAUUAACAGUAAGUGUUCAUGGCCAAGAAAAGCGUGGCUGGUUUCAUGUUGUAAACCUGUUUAAAGUGGUGCCUGUUGAUGAUAAUCAGUAUUCGUUAAUCACGUUGUAGCCAUGGAUGCAUCAUAGGUCAGAAUGUUAGUUCAAUUUCCCUCUUUAAGAGUUAGACUUUUUCUUUUUCUGAGCUUUUUUCAGAACGAUAAGGUACUGUAAUUAACGGGAAAUCAGUACAGCAAUCAGAAGGAAAGGUUUUUUGCUCGUCACUGUGUCUGUUAUGGUUACCAACAUGUAGUAUUUUAGCCCUGCACCAUGCUGACUCAGAAGCUGCUCUGGGGAAACUGUAAAUGCCAAACACCAACAAUCACAUCUUUUAAGAAUCUAUUAGAAAGCUCUGUUUACUUCACCGGACAUCAUCCUCUCUUUAAGUGCUUGGUUAGUAUAAAGAUCAUCUCCCUGUAGAGCUUGUUUCGGGGCUGUACUUAAACGUGUAGCUGUGCCCUGUUGGUACUUUUCAAAUUGUAUACAUGAGCUAGUCUAUUACUGUCAUAGUGAUAGUUGUUCAUUUAAGGUGGCACCAUUAAUCUCAGCGUGAACACCUGGGAACAUGUAGCAAAGGUUCACCUUAAAACCCUAAGGCCUAAUAAAACGAAAAACCAUGUAAAUAGCAUACAGUGUAGGUAAUUAAACUCACCACAGUUUUAUGUGGGACUGCGAAAUCGACAUAUAAACUAAAGGAAGAGCUGCGUGAAGCUUCAUACUGCUUCGUUCUGCUCUUCUUUCCAAGUGUGCAGGCACAACUUGUAGGCAAAAUAUGCCAAAGCUUUUCUACCAUUUGCAUAACCAUUUCUAAGGAACUUUGAAUGUGUGAGUGUGUGUCUCUUUUUUCCCAGUAUAACAUAAAGUCAAUGUUCCUUCUGCAAGUGAAAAUGCUAUCAUUUAUACAAUCAUAUUGUGAUUAUGUAUAAAGUAUCUAUUUCAGGUAAGGGAGGAACUUAUGGUAAUAAUUAGGCAUUUUGGGAAAUGCGCCUAUUAGCUGUCUUUACAAGAAUAUAUUAGAAGGAAGCACUUUACUGUCUGACCCAGGUUUCCAUCCAAAUGUUUCUCAUAUUUACAGGAAAAAAGCAAACAAAUAAAUGCUCGUUUCCAUCCACAACACUGUAAAAAAUGUUUGUAGAAAUAACAGUAAAACACUGUCAAAUACAUCAGAAAUGGGGGGUAAAUUAAAAAUUGUACAUCACCGUAUUAGACAACAUUAAUUACCGUAAAUCAAAGAAUAGCACAAACCUUUUACUUUUUCUGUCAUAAACUGGAAGAAACACACAGUUUUGCUGUAAAAAUAUAACAUUUUCACACAAAUUUAUGGAGAAACACCAUGAUGUGUGAAUUAAUGACACAAUUACCCUAAAAAUAAUAAUUAUUAUUCAGUCUAAAUUAGUUUUUGCUGAUAUUUACAUUUAAAUUUAGAAUAGAAAACCCACUCACUGUAUUUUUUACGGUGAAAUUCUGGCAACCACAGCUGCCGGUAUUUUUCCGUAAAUUAAACAGAUUAUGUUUUACAGUGUACCCUUUAUCCGAUUAUUAGGAGUUGGUUCAGUAGGUGGCGCUAAUUCUCCGGGUGGAAAACCAGUAUAACAAUGCAGAAGAAGAAAGUGAAAGAGCACCAAUUAGACCUCAAAUGGUGAAAAACAAUUUAGAAAAAUCAGUGGAAAUAUAACAUUUUGUUUGUUUCAUGAGUUAUUGUCAAGAAGAUUACAUCACAUCUGGGUCUCAGUGGACGUUGAAGUCACAUUUAGACAUUUAACUUUUAUUGAUACACCAACUUUUGCACCUCAGCCAGGCUUAAAAACAAGUUUGCAAUAUUUUAUUUGCACAUUGUGACUAACGAACUGGAUCUGGAUUAGUGAAGCUUAACGUUAAGACUGGAAAGCAGCUAGCCUAAUUUUGUCCAAAAGCUCAAAAAUCUGAGGAUGAAAAUUAGCAGAGCUCCAAUAUGAGAAAAAAAAUACAACUGUGAUCUAAAUAAAUAUUAUUGAUUCCUCUAAUCA